AUGAGGGGAGGUGGCAGAAGGAGAAAGCUGCGUUUCAGCAAGAUCUAUUCUUUCACUUGUGGUAAAUCUUCUUUGAGGGAUGAACAUUCACAGAUUGGGGGACCAGGAUUUUCCAGAGUGGUUUACUGCAAUGACCCAGAUUGUUUUGAUGCUGAGAUUCGCAAUUAUGGAGACAAUUAUGUCAGUACUACAAAGUAUACACUUGCUACUUUCUUGCCAAAAUCUUUGUUUGAACAGUUCAGGAGGGUGGCCAACUUCUACUUUUUAGUCACUGGAACUUUAGCCUUCACUCCUCUGGCUCCAUACACGGCUGUCAGUGCCAUCAUCCCUCUUAUUAUCGUCAUUGGGGCGACCAUGGUGAAAGAGGGUAUCGAAGAUUGGCGUCGAAAACAGCAGGAUAUUGAGGUGAACAAUAGAAAAGUUAAAGUACAUAAAGGUAACGGGGCUUUUGAUUAUACUCCUUGGAAGAAUCUGAGAGUGGGAGAUAUAGUGAAAGUAGAAAAGGAUGAAUUCUUUCCAACGGACCUCCUCUUGCUUUCAUCUAGUUAUGAUGAUGCAAUCUGCUAUGUUGAGACCAUGAACCUUGACGGGGAGACAAAUUUAAAGUUAAAACAAGCAUUGGAGGUAACUUCAUCCUUACAUGAGGACUCUAACUUGUGCAAUUUUAACGCGGUUGUUAAAUGUGAAGACCCAAAUGCAAAUUUGUACUCAUUUGUUGGAACUAUGGAGUUUGAAAAGCAACAGUUUCCCCUCUCUCCCCAACAGCUUCUCCUCAGAGACUCUAAACUCCGAAAUACCGACUACAUAUAUGGAGUUGUUAUCUUCACUGGUCUCGACACAAAGGUUAUUCAAAAUUCUACUGAUCCCCCUUCAAAAAGAAGCAGAAUUGAGAAGAAGAUGGAUAAAAUUAUCUACUUUUUGUUCUUUGUUUUAUUUACUAUGGCAAUGGUGGGAUCUAUUUUCUUUGGGAUUGCAACCAAAGGUGACUUAAACAAUGGGAUCAUGAAAAGGUGGUAUCUCAGGCCAGAUAAUUCUACAAUUUUCUUUGAUGCUAAAAAAGCUCCAUAUGCAGCAGUUUACCACUUUUUGACUGCCCUGAUGCUGUAUAGCUACUUUAUUCCCAUCUCCUUGUAUGUGUCAAUAGAAAUUGUGAAAGUUCUUCAGAGCAUCUUCAUCAAUCGAGAUAUUCACAUGUACUAUGAGGAAGCUGACAAACCAGCACAUGCCCGUACCUCAAACUUGAAUGAGGAACUCGGCCAAGUUGACACAAUUCUCUCAGAUAAAACUGGAACUUUGACUUGCAAUUCAAUGGAGUUCAUUAAGUGUUCUGUGGCAGGGACAGCUUAUGGCCGAGGUUAUACAGAGGUUGAGAGGGCUAUGGGUAGGCGAAAUGGUUCACCCUUGGUUCAUGAAAGUAUAAACAGAGAGGCCAAUGUCAAGGAUUCUACUGAUACAAAGCCACCCAUUAAAGGCUUCAAUUUUAAAGAUGAAAGGAUUAUGAAUGGAAAUUGGAUUAAUGAGCCACAUGCAGAAUGCAUCCAGAAGUUUUUCAGUUUAUUAGCAAUCUGUCAUACAGCCAUUCCGGAAGUUGAUGAAGAUACUGGGAAGGUUUUGUAUGAGGCUGAAUCUCCUGAUGAAGCAGCAUUUGUGAUUGCAGCAAGAGAACUUGGUUUUGAAUUCUACAAAAGGACGCAAACAAGCAUAUCACUGCGAGAGUUGGAUCCAGUGUCUGGCAAGAAAGUUGAGAGGUCAUAUACACUUCUGAAUGUUUUAGAGUUCAACAGCACGAGGAAGCGAAUGUCUGUGAUUAUAAGAAAUGAGGAAGGAAAAGUACUAUUGCUUUGUAAAGGUGCUGACAAUGUCAUGUUUGAGAGGCUUGCCAAAAAUGGUACAGGGUUUGAAGAAGAGACCAUGGAGCAUUUAAAUGAGUAUGCUGAUGCAGGGCUGAGGACCUUGAUACUUGCCUAUCGUGAACUUGAGGAAGAUGUAUACAGAGAAUUCAAUGAAAAAUUUAUCAAGGCCAAGAAUUCAAUUAGUGCAGAUCGCGAAGCAUUGAUUGAUGAAGUAACAGAUAAGAUUGAGAGAGAUCUAAUUCUUCUUGGUGCAACUGCUGUUGAGGACAAACUCCAAAAUGGGGUUCCUGAUUGCAUUGACAAGCUUGCCCAAGCAGGAAUUAAGAUUUGGGUUUUGACUGGAGACAAGAUGGAGACUGCCAUCAACAUUGGGUUUGCCUGUAGCUUGCUUAGACAAGGAAUGAAGCAAAUUAUAAUCAAUUUGGAGUCUCCUGAAAUCCAAGCGUUGGAAAAGACAAGAGAUAAGGAAGCCAUCGCCAUGGCAUCAAAAAGAAGUGUUCUUCAUCAGAUAACUAGGGGAAAGGCUCAGCUUACAGCAUCAGGCGGGGCCUCUGAGGCAUUUGCAUUGAUCAUUGAUGGAAAAUCACUUGCCUAUGCUCUGGAGGAUGAUAUAAAGAAAAUGUUUCUAGAUCUUGCGAUUGGCUGUGCAUCUGUUAUUUGCUGCCGUUCAUCACCAAAACAGAAGGCACUGGUCACUAGACUGGUCAAAUCUGGAACCGGGAAAACGACACUAGCUAUUGGUGAUGGAGCCAAUGAUGUGGGAAUGCUCCAAGAAGCAGAUAUUGGGAUUGGAAUUAGCGGUGUUGAGGGAAUGCAGGCGGUCAUGUCAAGUGAUAUUGCCAUUGCACAAUUUCGAUAUUUGGAGCGUCUGCUGCUUGUGCAUGGGCAUUGGUGUUACAGAAGGAUCUCAUCAAUGAUUUGCUACUUCUUCUACAAGAACAUCGCAUUUGGUUUUACUCUCUUCUUAUACGAGGCGAAUACAUCCUUCUCUGGACAGCCCGCAUACAAUGACUGGUUUUUGUCACUGUACAAUGUAUUCUUCUCAUCAUUUCCGGUGGUCGCUAUGGGAGUUUUUGACCAGGAUGUAUCUGCCCGGUUUUGUCUCAAGUUUCCUCUGUUAUACCAAGAAGGGGUGCAAAAUGUUCUCUUCAGCUGGCGUAGAAUACUCGGAUGGAUGCUGAAUGGUGUUACAACUGCCGUCAUUAUUUUCUUCUUCUGCACGAAAGCGCUAGAACACCAGGCCUUCAACAAUGAAGGGAAAACUGUAGGGAGGGACAUUCUUGGAGCAACAAUGUAUACUUGCACAGUUUGGGUUGUGAACUUGCAGAUGGCACUUUCCAUUAGUUACUUCACCUUGAUACAGCACCUUUUCAUAUGGGGCUCAGUUGCAUUAUGGUAUCUUUUUCUCUUGGCAUAUGGAGCCAUGUCGCCCUCAGUCUCCACCACUGCCUACAAGGUCUUCGUCGAAGCCCUUGCCCCCGCCCCUUCCUUCUGGCUCAUCACAUUCUUCGUGCCAAUCUCAGCUCUAAUCCCGUACUUCACAUACUCAUCAAUUCAGAUGCGCUUCUUCCCUAUGUACCAUAGAAUGAUACAGUGGAUAAGGUAUGAAGGCCACUCAAAUGACCUUGAAUUUUGUAAUAUGGUGCGGCAGCGAUCCUUGCGGCCAACCACCGUGGGUUUCACGGCACGCUUAGCAGCAAGGACCAGCCGUACAAAAGAUAGACACCAUAACCGUAGGUGA